GUUUACAGAUGUUUGAUAAGACUGUUCAGUUGUUUAUCACUUACCUCAGCAGUUAACGUUAGCCUGUAUAUACAGAAUUGUUGCACAUUAAUAAUUCACUCCAGCUAAACUGACCUGGUUCAGCAUUGACCUGCAGGUUAAUGGUAUCUAAUUCAUACCAGUCAUGUACACGUGCAGUUUAAACAUUAUCUUCUCUACCGCUUAUCCUACACAGGGUCACAGGAAGCCUGGAGCCUAUCUCAGGGGACUUAGGGCACAAGGUGGGGGACACCUUGGACAGGGCACAAACCAAUCAUCGCAGGGCACAAUUGCGCACACAUUACAGACAAUUUAGAGAUGUCUUUGGAUUGGGGGAGGAAACGAAGAGAACAUGCAGACUCCAUGCACACAAGGCGGAGACCGAAGUUACACUUAGACUUUCGACCGGUACCACAGGUGUUGUUUGACACCUUCAAGGCUGUUCAAAGUUUGGAGUUGAUCAGAAUGACGCCAAUAAGAUUUAUGGCCUUGGCUCCUGCUGCCCAGGAGAAGUCUCAUCCUUUUUUCCUGGAAGUGUUGUGUCGCACUCUUAUCAUCCUGUGUAUGGCUCUCUCCAUCGUCCUUUCCUCCAUGGCAGUGUGUGAUGGAUACUGGCUGCUGACCGAACAGCGCAUGUUUGGCCUCUGGUUCUUCUGUGAGGUGGACACAGAGAACUCUGGUGCACCCCCUAACUGCAGCAGGCAUAUUGGAGAGGAAAUAGGCCAGCUCCUGGAGCAUGGACUUUGGUUGUGUCGCUGUGUUGCCUCUGUGGCUGUGGUGAGUGCCAUCUUUGGCCUGGAGCUGCUGGUAUUAUCACAGGUCACCGAGGGACAGGCAUCUAGGCAGCGGUGGCAUCUAGGGGCAUGGCUUGUCCUACUGGCUGCAGUAUUGGCUGCUGCAGGGGUCAUGAUGUUUGUGUUCCUAUUAUGGGAUUAUGCUACACCUCUGGGGUUCACACUCACCUUCUGGUGCCAGUUCAAUGCAACCUUCCUCUUCUUCCUCAAUGGCAUGGCAGCAUGGCAUAUUCCGAAUAUGGCAUAUUUUCUGCCCUCCAGUGGUGAUGUGGGGAAACCGUAGGUAUUGGCCAUUUUAGACUUAUCACUGCUGGCUUAUGUUCAUCAUUCACAGAAGAAAAAAACCUCACUUUAUACCAUAAAGCUGGAUUUAUUGAUGUUGAAUUUGAGUUAUACAUACAAAUUAAAUAGUUUAUUAUUAAACUUAUCAAUAAAGACGUUUCACAAAUUCACAA